AACGAAAUGAAAUCUCAGGACGAAAUGAAAUCUCAAGACGAAAUGAAAUCUCAGGACAAAAUGAAAUCUCAGGACGAAAUGAAAUCUCAGGACGAAAUGAAAUCUCAGGACGAAAUGAAAUCUCAGGACGAAAUGAAAUCUCAGAACGAAAUGAAAUCUCAGGACGAAAUGAAAUCUCAAGACGAAAUGAAAUCUCAGGACGAAAUGAAAUCUCAGGACAAAUGAAAUCUCAGGACGAAAUGAAAUCUCAGGACAAAUGA